UUUAAAUGGUUCCCCUUUGUCUUUGCAGAUGAGCUGACCCUGCAGGGCCCGGUGUUCACCCAGGAGCCGUCCAAUAUCGUCUUUCCUCUGGACUCUGAAGAUCGGACGCUGCAGCUCGUGUGCGAGGCUCAGGGCCACCCCAAACCUGUCACGCGGUGGAGAGUGAACGGCACCCUUCUGGAUGAAGCCCAGGAUUAUCGAUACCGGGUCAUCAACAGAAGUUUAGUCAUCAAUACUCCGGAUCGGGAUCGAGAUGUUGGCAUCUUCCAAUGUGAAUCCACCAAUUCGGUGGGGACCAUCCUCAGCCGCGAGGCUAGCCUCCAAUUUGCUUAUCUCGAUUCGUUCCAGACGAGGACCCGAAGUAUUGUGUCAGUGCGGGAGGGACAGGGGAUGGUGCUGCUGUGCGGUCCACCGCCUCAUUCUGGAGAGCUGGUCUACGCCUGGACCUUCAAUGAGUUCCCGCCCUUCGUGCAGCAAGACAACCGCAGAUUCGUGUCCCAGGUCACCGGCAACCUCUACAUCGCCAAAGUGGAGCCCUCCGAUGCCGGAAAUUAUACCUGCGUGGUGACCAACACCGUGACCAACAGCCGGGAGCUGGGACCCAGCACACCACUUACCCUUCGCACCGACGGUAUCAUGGGAGAGUACGAACCGAAAAUCGAGGUCCAUUUUCCCGAGUCGGUGUCUGCAGCGAAGGGCUCUACAGUUAAAUUGGAAUGUUUUGCAUUGGGCAACCCAGUACCCACCAUCACCUGGAGGAGGGCAGACGGCAAAAGCAUAUCUCGAAAAGUAAGACGGCACCGCUCCAGUGGGGUAUUGGAGAUCCCCAACUUCCAGCAAGAAGACGCCGGGCCCUACGAAUGCGUUGCCGAGAAUACGCGUGGGAAGAACAUGGUGCGAGGGCAGCUCACAUAUUUUGCUCCUCCCAGUUGGGUCCAGAAGAUUAACGACGCCCAUAUCGCCAUAGAGGAAAACAUUUUACUGGAAUGUAAAGCCAGCGGGCGACCGAAACCAACAUAUACCUGGCUGAAGAACGGGCAGCGGCUUCAGAGCAAAGGACGCCUCCAGAUUGAACAUGGCAGCCUGACCAUCACGUCGGUGAACAGCUCCGAUUCCGGAAUGUACCAGUGCCUGGCCGAAAACAAACACGGAACCGUCUACUCCAGUGCCGAGCUGAGGGUGAUCGCGGUUGGCCCCGACUUCACCAGUGCAUUCGUCAGAAGAGUCACCCUGGGAAAAGUGGGAGGAUUCGUCCUCAUUGAGUGCAAACCCAGAGCAUCCCCGAAACCGACCAUCACGUGGAGGAAGGGGCGGGACCUGGUGCGGCCGAACGCCAGAGUCUCAGUCUUGGAUGACGGAAGUCUGAAGAUCUUCAACCUCACCAAGGCGGAUGCCGGCAGCUACACCUGUACAGCCAGCAAUCACUUCGGCACGGCCAGCAGCACCGGCACUUUGGUGGUGAAAGACCCCACGCAGGUCCUGGUCCCCCCAUCCAGCAUGGACGUCACGGUCGGGGAGAGCAUCGUCCUGCCCUGCCAGGUGUCACAUGACCACUCGCUGGACAUCUCCUUCUCCUGGGUCUUCAAUGGACAACUCAUCGACUUCCAGAAAGACGGGGAACACUUUGAGCGAGUGGGAGGACAAGAUUCGGCCGGAGAUUUAAUGAUAAGAAGCAUCCAACUGAAGCAUGCUGGGAAAUACAUCUGCCUGGUCCACACCAGCGUAGACAAGCUGUCCGCGGGGGCCGAUCUCAUCGUCCGGGGCAUCCCCCUAGUGAUGCUAGGCUGACUAGUGAAUGGAGGCUGAUCACUGACAUCACCCACCGCACAGCUGUCGUUCUCAGUGAUGCCGCUCUCUAGUGAAUGGACAACCACAGCCCCAUCACCAUGUAUGUCAUCCAGGCCAGGACCCCCUUUCUCCGUGGGAUAGGCAGGCAGUCAGCAUUCUCAGUGCCGGAGGUGGUGGACGGUCGAUCAUUCACAGCUACUGUUGUCGGUCUGAGUCCGUGGGUGGAGUAUGAAUUUCGUGUCAUCGCCAUCAACCAGAUUGGCAUCGGAGAGCCGAGUCCGCCAUCCGAUAAGCGAAGGACGGAGGAAGCGCUCCCGGAGGUCACACCAGCCAAUGUGAGCGGGGGAGGAGGCAGCAAGAAUGAGCUUGUCAUCACAUGGGAGCCGGUCCCCGAGGAAUACCAGAACGGUGGAGGCUUCGGCUACGUGGUGGCUUUCCGACCCUUCGGAACGAUCAGCUGGAUGCAGACCGUUGUAGCCUCAGCAGACGCCGCUCGCUACGUCUACAGGAACGAGAGUCUGCCGUCCUUCUCUCCGUACGAGGUGAAGGUCGGGGUGUUCAACAACAGGGGGGAGGGACCCUUCAGCCCCCUGACCGUCGUCUACACUGCCGAGGAAGAGCCAAGUCGGGCCCCUGCGGGGGUGGUGGCCCGGAGCCUGACUGCCUGGGACAUCGAGGUGUCAUGGAUACCGGUACCGAGUAGCCUCAGCAAAGGGAGAAUCCAGGGAUAUGAGGUUCGAUUUUGGAAGCAGAACGAGAAGGAGCAGAGCGCCCGCAAACUCCGAACUCUGGGAAACCAAACUUCUACCAAACUGAGCCAUCUCCAGGGCCACACGCUCUAUUACCUGAAUGUGCGGGCGUACAACAGCGCAGGCACCGGCCCCGCCAGCCCUACCGCCAAUGUGACCACCAGGAAACCACCCCCAAGCCAGCCGCCUGGAAACAUCGUCUGGAACUCUUCCAACUCCAAAAUUAUCCUGAACUGGGAUCAGGUGACCGCGCAGGAGGACGAGUCCGAGGUGAAAGGUUACCGGGUCUUCUAUCGGUGGAACCGCCAGGCUGGAGCCACCAUGAUCGAGACAAAUCAGACCUCAGUGGAACUGUCCCUUCCCUACGAUGAGGAUUACGUCAUUGAGAUCCGACCAAUCAGUGAUGGAGGAGAGGGCAGAAGCAGUGAACCAAUCCGCAUUCCUCGGAUAUCCAGUGAGUGGUCGAUGCCUACGCACAAGGAUCAGGUGCUUCCACGUCAAACGCCUGCACUUUAUCUGCCAUCAGCACCUUAA